UAGUUGGUCCGUAGAUUGGAACCGCCAGGCUCAAGCUCGUUAUGGGGCCAACAAGCAGAUGCGGGAUCUUAUGUGCUGAAGGCGAUGUCCAGUCAAGUCUAGCGCGCCUUAUCUGCCGCGGUGCACUUCGUGUGGCACCGCCAAGCUUUCGCCUUCUCUGCCAUGGAAGCUCUCGGCGAGACGGGCAUCAUCGGCCCGGCGUCGUUGCGCCGCUCCAGUCACCGCCGAGCCGGCCGGGGAGGAGAAGCCGGCUGCUCCCAAAGCAGCCGCAGCGUCUCCGGCGCCAAAGAUGAUCUUGAAGAAGAAGCCGGUCUACUCGAUGAAGAAAGGGCAGAUUGUGCGUGUCGAGAAGGAGAAGUACCUGAACUGCAUACAUUACCAGUCAGUGGGGCACCCACCCUUUUACAAGGGUCUACAUUACAUAUACAAAGACCGCGGCGAGGUUUUGGACAUCAGAAUCUUUGAGACUGGGAAGUAUGCCCUGAUCGCGUGGGUGGGGAUUCCAACACCACCUGCAUGGCUACUAACUUUUUUUUAUUUUUUUAAACAGGACUCCCUUACCUGGUCUUCUUUGAGACCUUUUUACGGGGAGAUGCGACACCUCGAUGGGCUCGGCUGCAACCGGCAACUUUACCACCAUGGCUACCAACUUACAUGCUCAUCAAGUUGGACAAGCUGGACUACAGAGAAUAUGAUGGGCUCACGGACGCACCCAAGGGAAACUUUUACAGUCAGCUGCACACAUACUUCUAUCUCGGCCGUUUAUGUACUAGAGAAUCAACAGACAGAUAAGAAAAAUAACACUAAGAUAAAAGAUGCGUGUGCAUAUAUUGCAGAGUUACUUUUCCCAAGUCAAAGCUGCUGGCUACUGGCUCCAUGAGAGGUUGCCAUUCUUGUCCGGAGCAUGACAUGUCCUGUUCUCGGCCGGGUCACCAUUCAGCGUUGUACAUAGCUGCCAAUACGAGGCAAUCUGCCAUUGUUUCGCGUCUCUGCUACCCAGAUUAAAAAGGGAAGAAAUUAAAAGUGAGAAGAUUAAUGUGAGUAGGUGUCAUCAAAGAAUUAUUUCAGCUCCAACUCUAUAAUUCUCGUCACAGGUGGCUCAUAGACAAAGCAGAUCAAUCCUAAGCCACCAAUAAUACUUGCACUAAACAAUUUGGUAUGGGUGGUGAGCAUCCCAUCAAAUCUCUAUUAAUUCGUGUGCGAUAACAUCAUAUGCUAAUCACAUAACUCAUAAAUUAGCCACUCUGCUAAUCACAUAUGAAACGACAUGAAGUGGAUCAAGAACCACGGAAAUUGAGCACCAAUAGUAAUCCGUGUAAAAAAGAUGAAUCAAGAACCACCUAACUCAAGCAAUAACAACAAUUACGCACGAUGUGGUCGUCAGACUGUAAGAUUGAAGCCAAGGGAAUUAUUAACCAACAAAACCAAGUCAUCAAUAGCAGAUCGGCGCCGACAUCCGCCAGAGGAGGGGAAGGGAGAGGUUGACGUGGGAGAGCGUGAGGCAGAGGUUACCAUAGGGUAGG